CCCACUCCUGGCUCUCACUGCCAACCCAACGGGCAUGGUUCGAGACCACCACCCCGCUGGUUAAACAGCCCUCUUGAAGAUACCCUUGGCAAUGGGAGUGAGAUCCCCCGCUCUGAAGAAUCGCCCGCGACUCUAAAUAUAGCCUCGCCAGAACGAAAUGAGCUGGCUGAGUUGAAAACUUCAUAUGAUUCCAACAGUGGUUCACCUCCUGCUCAAGAUGGGGCAGCUGGACACCGUCCCAGAGAGUCCAGGCGGUCCUCUUCCGCGGACAGGCCUGUCUCUAUUCCAGUUGUUGGCGCGGAGUCCCUUGGUUUGCUUGACGCAACCGAGGACGCUCCCCGCAGACUCUCAGAAGCAUUUCCAGAAGCCAAGGACCUUCCGCCUGCUCCGAAGGAGUCCCUCAGGGUUGACGUCGACCUGCCUCGCCGAAUCUCUGAAAUUGACGUGGACGUACCCUCGCCGUUGCCGGAUUCGAACCCGGACAAACCUCGCCGUUUGUCCGACUUUGCUGUCCCGAAUAAAACGUCAACGAAGCCAACUCAGUUUGGGGCUACUCCUCCUGCUGUUGACGAGAAACCUCAGCGGUCGCAUAGUCGCAGGAACACCCUGUCACCACAAUAUCCCGAGGACGAUAUGCCACGUCGUGUUUCCGAAUCUUCUUUCUCUGGAUCAGAGCCCACGUCGCCUACAAGGAAGUCAUCCAAAGUCGACAUCAGGUGGCCCACGUUCACUCCAUUGCAUCCCGCUCACAAGUCGACUCUUUUUAGGCUUGAAGACGUGAUGUCAGUUGAUGUGGAAGAUGAUGUGUUCCUACCGACCCCACAGAAAAUCAUUCCGAAAAGGAGUAGUAGCAAAAGUCCCCUGACCGAAGAAAAGCAUCCUCGCCUAGAAGAAACAACGUCCAUUGCAGAUGUUACGCAUGGGAACUUCCAAAAUUUGGAGUAUAAGCAACUGACAGAUUUUCUUUCAUUCUUAGAUGAGCACAUCCACGAGGAUGACUGUAUGAAUCUUUGGAAUUCAGUUCAAAGUUCUGAUCCUUUAGCAGCUCGGCGUUCCGAUAAAUGUAACGAUUCAGUUGAAAACCCUUCCAGACAGUACCUAGAACUGCAAGAUUUCCUUAAAAGACAAUAUGUUGAUGAAGAAAAUAGUUCUGAGGCACUGGAGAAUGUUGCACGGAGCAGAGACUCGCCAGUGGACUCUGCAGCUGAAAUUCAGAAACUCGUUGCUCCCACGCUCAGUGCAGACUCAAAUGACUCGAAAAAAGAAUAUAUGGAACUUUUAAACUUCUUGUUUUUAUUAAGAGCACAAGAGGAGACCCCAGAAGAGCCCUUACUUCAAGAGUACUUUGAAAGGAAGAGACAAGAAGAGUUCCUUGUAUCUCCCAAGUGCGAUUUAAACAGCCAGCCUUCCAAUAAAUUUAAAGAAUACGAACUAUUACAGCAAUAUCUCAAUUCAUUGCCAGAGACAGAGUAUCCAGCCUCCAAUGACGUCCAGUAUGUUGAUCUUGAGGAUGCUCCAAUGGAUUCUGCAGCUGAAAUUCAGAAACUUGUUGCUCCUACGCUCAGUUCAGACACAAACGAUUCGAAAAGAGAUUACAUGGAGCUUCUUAACUUCUUAUUUUUAUUAAGAGCACAAGAGGAGACCCCAGAAGAGCCCUUACUUCAAGAGUACUUUGAAAGGAAGAGACAAGAAGAGUUCCUUACGGCCCCCAGCAAUAAUGUCAAUAACCAGCCUGCCAAUAAAUUUAAAGAAUAUGAACAAUUAAUGCAAUUCCUCAAGUCUCUGCCGCCCGACCGUACUUGCCUGAGCACAGAAACAAUUAAUGUACCCUCCAAUGCUUCUCCAUCUGCAACUAAAUCAGGAUCAAAAUUGUCCCCGAAACCCGAUUCCCAGGCAGAAGACGAGACCACGGUAUGCUCAGAGCUGCCCCUGCGUUCUCCCACGCACUCGGAGCUGGUCACUGUGUCCACGGAACCACAGCGCCUCCAGAUGCCAGUACGGUCGCAGUCCUUCGAGGCCGCCACCCCUGAACUGACGGAAUCGGCCAUCAAAGCCGCCCUGGAGGCGUCGGCAAGCCGAGGCGAAGAGGGAGAAGACGCAGAGGUGGCCGCCAUCACUGCCCAGGCUUCUCAAAGACAGAGCAAAGACGAAUCUUCGACCGAUGUUGCACCGACCAAUGGCCACCCUUCUAGGUCAGGGAGUGCCACUCCUAUUGCUGCGCAAGUUUCGUCGCCAGGCGCCCAGCGCACGACGGCCCCGGUUCAGGAACAGAAAGAGAGUUCUGCGGGGCCAUCACAACCGUCGCAACCCGCUCAGCAACCAGAAGCCUUUUGGUUGAUUUUCAGUGGCGAGUACACCAAGGCCAUGUCCAAGGACUGGCACGCGGGGCACUUCUGCUGCUGGCAGUGCGACGAGUCCCUGACGGGGCAGCGCUACGUGCUGCGCGACGAGCACCCCUACUGCAUCAAGUGCUACGAGUCCGUGUUCGCCAACGCGUGCGAGGAGUGCAGCAAGACCAUCGGCAUCGACUCCAAGGAUCUGUCGUACAAGGACAAGCACUGGCACGAGGCCUGCUUCCUGUGCUCCAAGUGCCGCGUGUCCCUGGUGGACAAGCAGUUCGGCUCCAAGGCGGACCACAUCUACUGCGGCAACUGCUACGACGCCCAGUUCGCCUCCCGCUGCGAUGGCUGCGGCGAGAUCUUCCGUGCCGGCACCAAGAAGAUGGAGUACAAGACGAGGCAGUGGCACGAGAAGUGCUUCUGCUGCGUCGUCUGCAAGACGGCCAUCGGCACCAAGAGCUUCAUCCCGCGCGAGCAGGAGAUCUACUGCGCCACCUGCUACGAGGAGAAGUUCGCCACUCGCUGCGUCAAGUGCAACAAGAUCAUCACCUCUGGCGGUGUGACCUACAAGAACGAGCCCUGGCACAGGGAGUGCUUCACCUGCACCAACUGCAACACCUCGCUGGCGGGCCAGCGCUUCACCUCUCGCGACGAGAAGCCGUACUGCGCUGACUGCUUCGGCGAGCUGUUCGCCAAGCGCUGCACGGCCUGCGUCAAGCCCAUCACCGGCAUCGGCGGCACGCGCUUCAUCUCGUUCGAGGACCGCCACUGGCACAACGACUGCUUCAUCUGCGCAUCCUGCAAGACGUCCCUGGUCGGCAGGGGCUUCAUCACCGACGCCGACGACAUCAUCUGCCCCGAGUGCGCCAAGCAGAAGCUCAUGUGAACGACCCAACGACCCUCGCCGCGCCGUCCUCGCUACGGCCAGGACGGCCUGGACGGCCUGCAGUAGCAGCAGCCCGGCCACCGUGGCCGCGAACCGCGACGGGGACGCACGCUCUACCUCGAAGGGGCUUUGUCCCCAAGUACCCCGCACCCCACCACCGCAUGCACUGUACCGUACUUCCAACCGAAAGCUGUACACCAUAUUAGGUUCAUGCUGAGCUUGAUGCCGAAGUGUCGCUCAACCAACUGAGCUGACCUUUUCUUAGUCUUCAUUUUCACCUUUUAAAACGUCCUACUGACUACGUUCAAAUUUUAUUUUGUGGAUUUUACUGCUGUUGAUGCUGCUGUCAACUUUGUCGACAUUUCAUUUUACGUCAUACUCAUUUGUCUCUAGGCCAUUUUCUUUUACUGCAUAUGCAUUAUUAUACCCAAUAAUAUUUCUGUUCAUAAGGUUUGUUUCUAUUUACUAACAAUUUAAAUAAUUAAUAUGGGUUUUAAUAAAAUACCAUCUUUACCAUACCAAGAUGAGUGGUAAAAGAACUCUGACAAUACCUUGUAAACUGAUUUGCAAAGGAAUAAUAAUAUCUAACACUAGACAAAAGCAUUGUUAAUUUGGUCUUCAUUGUUAAACAUGCAAAAUUAUUUUUUAAUUUUAUCAAAUUUUAUAGUUAUAGACUUGUUAAAAGUUAUUUAUUAAAUUAAUAACAAAUCUGUAUAUAACUAUAUAUUCCCAGAAAUAUAUAAUUAUAUAUGUGUGUAUACAUAUAUGUGUAGAUAGACGAUACACCAGAGGUCAUUGCCUUGUUAUUAAUUGUUUCAAUAUUUAUUUUUUUUGUGUGUGUAAAUAGAGGAGUGGGGCUCACAUGAAUCCGAAUGUGACCGACAGUUUAUAAGCAAAUUAUGCAUACGGGUUCAUGUAUGUUUGAUAAAUUUGGUGCUCAAGAUAGGCACUGCUUUCAGAAAAACACAAUCAUGUCACUACCUUAGCCGUAAAAUGUUAAGGUUUGUAUCAUGGUUUUGUAAAAAAAAUGGGGGGAAAAGCAGUAAAUGAGAAAGUAUGCUUACUGAAUGAGUGAAGGCUUCCUCUUAUUCUAUGCUUUCCUGACUUUUUUGUGAUUUGAUAGGCUUCUUGUGUGAUAUCUACUUCUUUGAUGUCUUGGCUGCAUUUUAGAAAAAAACCCUUGCACCUCAGUACCCAGGAGAGAAACCACUUUUUGCUAACCUUUGAAUUACCGGAGAUGAGGAGCAUGAAAUAUGUCUCCAAAUUAUCCCAUAUUUGAGUUACUGUUGUUGCAAGGUAUACAUUUUUCAUAAGUGGGUUAAGCACAUGGAGAUCAGGAAUGUAGUCAAGUCUGUGAAUGUACAUUCAAAUUUGUUAAAUGAGUGAUUGUGCUUUGUUAUAUUAUUCUGUGUAUUUUGGGUUGAUUUUUGCUGUAAGUAACUAACGUAGCAUUCACAAAAAGAUUAUUGUUGUUUGUUCCCGAAAGGGACUAAAUUUGCAGUCUAAAUUGUGGUUCCUCAUUAAUAUGGUCUAUGGGAAGAAUUUAAUACUUGCUUAAUUUCCAUCUCUUGUGCUUAAAUGCUUCUCAUAUGUCCAUGUCCAUUGUUAAACGUAACACAUAAGCACAUAACAUGAACAAACUGAUGUGAGAAAAUAAGAAAUAUGCAUGAUUCAGUGAGAGUGUAGUUUUAUUUGUUACUUGUAUAUUGCUUCAUAAUGCAUCCUAGUCACAUGCCAUUGUUGUGGGCAUAGGAAUGUUUUGUUUUACUUAUUUGGAGGAGACAAAAUGAGCCGGUCCUCGAUAUCUGUGAUACAAAGUGCUUGCACUAACUAGUGCAAUGCUGAUUCUAAAGUGACUUUCUGUUCCAUAUGACAGCAAACUUUUAUCUAUAGUCCAUGAAUCGCAGGCCGGCUCAGGAGAGCCUUUCUUUGAGGUGAAUAUGACAGAUGGUGCUUUACUCUUAAUAUGUGAAUGGGAUAGUUCUUGAACUGUAAACUCGCAUAGUGAUUUGGUAAAUCAUUAAAAAUGUUCAAUAUUAGAAUUUUUCUUUGUGGAAAUCAGUAUUUUGAUCUAACCCCUACCAAUUUAUAUUCACACAUGUAUUUUUCUGUACAAUCUGUCAAUGCAUGAGCCUGACAAAAUUUACAAAAUAAAAUAAAGCAUAAUUUUUGAGUUUCUUAA